AUGAACAAAAGAAACGAAGAUAAAAAGACAAAGACAACAGGUAACGAGAAAUAUAAGUCACUCACUUGUUUUAAUUGCAGGAAAGUUGGUCACCUUGCAAGAGAUUGCCGAUUAAGGAAGGACGGACUUCAUAAGAAACCUGACGUUAAACAGGAAAAGAAAUACGAUGCACUUCUCAUGUCCUUGUAUAAUGUCGACAUCAAAGAUACAUGGAUUUUGGAUAGUGGAAGCACGCAUCACGUGUGUAAGCAACGAGAGUGGUUCACCAAUUUUAAAAGGGUAGAUUCUGAGAUAAUUAAUACCGCUGCGGAUAAACAAAAUGGCGCGACGCUACGAGCAAAAGGUGUCGAGUUGGAGCCUAAUGCACCAUGA